AUGAUGAAGAUGAAGACCAGCAUCUCCGUCCUACUCCUAGCAUUCCAAGGUGUAUCCUCUUUUACACCCAUUUCCCUUCAAACUAGUGGCAGAGUCAAAAGUAGAACCGUUCAGAAAGCUGCCAUGAUUGAUCUUUCCUCUCUCCUAAACAUUACUUCCCUGAAGAAUGGGUAUUGCGACGAUGUCAUGUUUGAGAAAGGAAUCAAAGCCAUUAAACAAUCAAGUGCUUUUGCAAAGCCAGAAACCAAAGAGAACGAUUUUGAAGUCUCUUCAGAAAUUUUUGAGGACCUUCGCUUAAAGAGCAUCAAGGAGCUGAAGCUUGUUUGCUCGAAACGAUCGAUAACAUAUAAGGGAUUGGAAGAACACGAAGAGUUUGUGCAAGCAAUCGUCAAAGACAUUAACGACCUAAAGGACUUUUCUGUUUCGGGUUACCUCGUGCCCGGAGCAUUCAACGAGGUUUCUGGCGACAUUUUGGAACAAGAGAUGGACUCGUCCAUUCCUCUAUUGUUGGAUGUUUAUGCCACAUUCUGUGGUCCAUGCAAACUGGUGGAAACUGAAUUUGAAGUGGCGGCACGACGACUAGGCAAAAAUUGCCGGGUGGCCAAGCUCGAUUCGCAACUUUACCCCGACAUUGCAAAGAAUCUUCAAGUGCAAGGUCUGCCAGCAACUAUAUUGUUUCACAAAGGCCGCGUUGUCAGUCGACGAGAAGGACUUGUCUCGAGGGAUCAAUUGAUGGAUUUUGUUGACACCUUUGUUCCAAAGAAGUUUUGGUAA